AAAUGAUUUUUUUGUAGUUUAUAAAACACAGACAUGAAUGUAAAAAUGAAUUUCUUGUUUCAACCCUAACACAUUACAGUGAGCUGUAAUUUGGUCAAAGAUCAUGUAUGAAUGUUAAUGCAAUCAUCAUCCUCCAUGAUCCAUUCACCCAAUUCUAACCUCUCCCUCAUUCUUUCUUCCCUUUUGUACCUAUCCUGCGUGUUAAGUGUUGAAAAUGAAAUAAUAUAAAUUCACACAUCCUCCUCAAAUUCUGGUCUUCGUGGAAGCUAGCUAACGCAGGAAUGAACCAGAACCCACCCACGAUCUCGUCACCUCUCACCUCUCUGCUCUGUCUGUUGAUUGGGUUUGAUUGAUUGGAUGAUUCAGAAUUUCGGAUCACCCGCAUGACCGUUUCCAUUUUUUCUAUAUUUGAACUUUCCACAACGAACUCGUCUCUUUUUUCCUUCACUUUCUCGCCUUUUCUUGGCUCUGUUUGCCUCGCUGGAAGCUUAUCUCUUAUGGGCAUUUCCUAUUCUUUUGUGGGUGUUUUAGUGCUUUUUGGUUCCCCUGUUGAGAUUCUUUGACCUAAGACCCUAAUUCCCAUUUUUUAAUUUCUCGGGCUUCUCUCAUUUUUUGUUGUUUCUCGUUGAGAAAAAAACAGAUUCUUUCUUCUGGGCCUUGUUUGAUUUCUUUCUCUGCUUGUUCGUUUCUUAUUUGUUUGUCAAUUGUUUGUCAUUGUUCUGCUUAGGUCUAUUCUGUUUUAGUCUUCUUCUUCUUUUUCUUUUUGUUACUGGUUGAUGGGCUGUUGUUGUUAAUGUCCUUGGCGGCUGGUGUUGUGGAUUCUUCAACUGUUCAAGUUCCAACAAAAGCAUGCAUGGGACUUGAUAACGAUGAGAAAAGUGAAGUUUCAUGGGAGAAGACAGUGAAGACGCCGGAGGGAGAAGAGAACGUUGAGGAAGAAAGUAGUACUGGACAUGGCAUGAGCAGGAAAAACAGUGAGAGCUCUAUUUGUCCAACGGAGGAUGAAGAAGAUGAUGAAGAAAGGAAGCUUGAUUUGGGUCCAAGGAUUGCACUCAAGGAGCAACUUGAGAAAGAUAAGGAUGAUGAAAGCUUGAGAAGGUGGAAAGAACAGCUUCUCGGGGCUGUGGAUUUGGAGUCUGUUGGAGAGACACUUGAUCCAGAGGUUAAGGUUCUCUCCAUUGCUAUCAUAUCUCCGGGUCGAGAAGAUAUUGUUCUUUUGCUUCCUGAGAAUGGAAAUCCGAAAGGCACAUGGUUUACCUUAAAAGAAGGUAGCCAUUACAGCUUGAAGAUCACUUUCCAGGUUAGCAAUAACAUUGUUUCUGGCCUCAAAUUCAGUAACACCGUCUGGAAAACCGGUGUAAGAGUGGAUAGCUCAAAAGAGAUGCUUGGAACAUUCAGUCCUCAAGCUGAGCCUUACACACAUGAGAUGCCUGAAGAAACAACCCCAUCUGGGAUUUUUGCUAGAGGAUCUUAUGCAGCUAGAAUCAAGCUUGUUGAUGAUGACAAGAAGUGCUACUUGGAGAUCAAUUACACCUUCGAAAUCCGUAAAGAUUGGAGUCAAUGAAUCGAAAACUUCCAAUUUCAGCUUCGUUUCGUGGGUUUGCUCCGAGUCGAUCCAUUUCCAACUUGAAGCAUUCCUUCCUAUUCCAACAUAAUUUGAUUUAAAUUGUCGUUUAUCUGGUAUAUUGUCCGAGACUUGUUAUUUUAUCUACCUAUACAACAAAGUAAAAGAAAAAAAGAAAAAAAAAAAAGAAGUUUCUUCCUGUUGAUUUGGCUAAAAUGAAGCUUGGA